AAAAAUCUCUCUCUCUCUAGACCAAGAAUAAGAUUUCAUCUUCUCUCUCUCUCAAGAAACCCCAUAGCUUUUCUUCUAAUUCUUUCAUAGUCUACCUCUUCUUCAAGUUCCAAUCAGGAAAAAAGGGUCAAUUUUUUUAAGAACCCAGUUCCUGAAUUUCUCUCUUUUGUUCAUUUUCCGUGUCUUCUCAAACUCUUACAAGAGAAACUGGCCAUAGCCAUGGAUAGAAUCCAUGACACCCACUUUCCUUUACAAUUCAGCAAAGGUCUCGAUAUCAGAUCUUCGCUUUCAAAUCUCAUACUAACCGGAGGAACGACCACCACCUUGGACUCAAUUUUCUCCCAUUGCGUUCCCUCAUGUUCAACAACCACCAAAAACGACAACAACAAUCCUGUUUUGGAGCCAUUAGGCUCAUCAGUUUACCUCCAGCAAAGAGAUCUUCUCCAAAAGUUCAGCUCCGAGAACAUGACAACCUAUGACUUCUCACGGUUUUCCAUGACCAACCCAGUUCAGGACUCUGUCUCUGUGUCCACAACAGCAAGAAGUAUGGCUUUCUCGGCUUCUGUUCCGUACAGGAAGAAGCUCUACAGGGGAGUGAGGCAGAGGCAUUGGGGAAAAUGGGUUGCCGAGAUUAGGCUUCCUCAGAACAGAAUGAGAGUCUGGCUUGGAACAUACGACACCGCGGAAGCCGCGGCUUAUGCAUACGACAGGGCGGCCUAUAAGCUCCGAGGGGAGUAUGCCCGCUUGAACUUUCCGAAUUUGAAAGAUCCGAGUGUCUUGGGGUUCGGGGAUUGGACCAAGUUGAAUGCUCUCAAGAGCUCAGUGGAUGCGAAGAUUCAAGCCAUCUGCCAGAAGGUUAAGAGGAACAAAGCCAAGAAGAAUGCCAAGAAGAGUGAGGCUGUUGGAGAUGGAAAAGGCAGUGGUGGUUGUAAGGCUGAGAAUGUUGUUAAUUCGUCGUCGACUUCGUCGUCGUCCGCGUUUUCUCCCCUGGUUUUGGGGCCGGAAAUGGUGUCGCCGACGGUUUCCGAAGACGGGUUUUGGAGGUCUGAGAAUUCUCCGUGCUCUGUUUCCAAUGAGUGUCCCAUGGCUGCUGUUGCAGAGGACUCUGGAUUUGAAGGAUCUUCGCUUGCUCGGAUCCCGUCUUUCGAUCCUGAUUUGAUUUGGGAGGUUCUUGCUAAUUGAGAACAGCAAUGAGAGCAAAUUCUUCAAAAUUUUUAGUGAAAUUCAUUCUCAGUUUUCUUCUUUUUUUUUUUUUGUUGUUGUUGUUGUCGGUUUGCUGUUGGGUGUUGUCUCGCUUUUUGUUAGUUUGGAGCUGUAUUAAGUGUAAAGGGUAGGCUUUUGAGAUGUUAGAGUUCAUGCUAUUUUGGAGUUUCUUAGAAGGGAUUUGUUGUAAGGUUAUUUUGUGCCUCUGUUUUUGUAUGAAGGCAUUAAGAAUGUUCUUGGUGACAAUUGCUAAUCAUAUGAAAAUUUCUGAGGGGGCCUUUAGGUGUUAAUAAUUGUUCUUUCAUGUUUAAGCAAUUUAAUAAGUUCUAGCCAAAAAAAA